GAUAGAGUUGUGAUUGGUAGUACUGGAACAUUAACAAUGACAUGUGAUGUCACUGAAAACGAUGUUGAAAAUAUUUACCUUAUUCAGAUACUGCGAGAAACUAUGUCAGGAUCAGGUAAUUUUGAAUCAGUUGUGGAAAUGGAAAACGCUGAUGGUCCUGUAUUAAAAGUAACAAACAACAAAGAUUUUGUUGCUGGAGGCACGUAUGAUCUCGGAAACACAGAUUUGUCAGUGAGCAUGAAUAUAAGUAAGUUGCAGUGCAAUGACGCCAAGACUUACAAAUGUGCAUUGACAUAUAAAAGUACUACAGUUAGUACUCCAUUGACAUUGGAAAAGAAUGGUACUUUGUCAGCCUAUGUGUACCCUAACGUAAAGGAAUUAGAGGCGGAGAGGAAUGGUAAGGAAGAAUAUAAGGGAUCCUUACCUACAGAUAAAGCAACAUUUGCCAUUGGUGAUGAAUUGGAACUUACUUGCACAGCUACUAUUGGAAGUUUACCAGCAACUACAAUCAGUUGGCGAAAGACUUCUGAAAUCGGACAAACAAACAAUUUUAUAGGAUAUCAACCACAAGCAGGAACAUUUGAUGAGGGCACUGCAAUAAGUGACAGUGAGUGUGGUUAUACCAGAGUAGCAACAAUUACAUACAACACCACAGUCAAUGAUGCAAGCAGGGCUGAGGAUAACCCCCUAGCAUUUGAGUGCUAUGUUUCUGUUAGUGGAAAUCCAUACGGAACAACAUAUACAACACAAAACAAUCCUAGGUUUUAUGCUGACGUCAGUGGAGAUGAUGAAACUCCGUCAUCUGACACAGCUACAGCAGGAAUGGGGAGUAAUAUUGGAGCCAUUAUAGGCGGAGUAGUAGGAGGCCUUCUCGCCAUCAUAAUAAUUGUUGUUGUCGUUUGGUUCUUGUGGUUCCGUCGCCAGAGAGACGGUGCUGAUUACACUACCAAGGAAGAAUAUGGAUCUGAGAAUCCUAACAUGGCUCCACCGGUUGACACUUAUGCAAGUGUUGAUAAACAUAGGAAAAGCAAAACUCCUGAGCAUGGAAACGGUGUGGAUGAACCAUUGAAACCGAAGCCCAAACCACGAGCCGGGCAACAGGAACUUCAUUAUGCAGAAUUAGAUUUAACCAAAAAUCCUCCGGUAGCUCCGAGAAAGAAACGCAACGACCCAGUAGAAUAUGCAGAAGUCGAGUUCCAUAAAUAAGACACAAAUCACUGAAGAUUUUAUAUACGUUAAAAGUGAAAAUGGUGUUAGACAAUAUUAGUGAUUGUGUUCAGAAAUUGUUUUAUAUGCCUGGAUGCAUUCAGAUUCCUUACAUUAAGAAAAUGUAUUGUUACAUAACUGGUUUUUGACAGGAACAUUCCAACAACUUGACUGACUGGAAUAUAAUUUUUAGCUCGACUAUCAUAGAAUAGUAGAGCUAUUGGACUCGCCCAUGCAUCCGUGUCCCGAUUUGGUUAAGUUUUUGUAUGUAAGCUGGUAUCUCAGCAACCACUUGUGGGAAUGGAUUGAAACUUCACACACUUAUUCACUGUGAUAAACUGACCUACAUUACACAGGUUCCAUAACUCUAUUUUGCUUUUUUACAAAAUUAUGCCCCUUUUUCGACUUCGAAAUUUUUGGUUAAGGUUUUGUAUGUAAGCUGGUAUCUCAGUAACCACUUGUAGGAAUGGAUUGAAACUUCACACACUUAUUUACUGUGAUAAACUGACUUACAUUGCACAGGUUCCAUAACUCUAUUUUGCUUUUUUACAAAAUUAUGCCCCUUUUUCGACUUAAAAUUUUUGGUUAAGGUUUUGUAUGUAAGCUGGUAUCUCAGUACUCACUAAUUGGAAUGAAUUGAAACUUCACACACUUGUUCACUGUCAUGAUAUGACUUGCAGUGCAAAGGGUCAAUAACUCAACUUCGCAUUUUACAAAAUUAUGCCCCUUUUCAACUUAGGUGUUUUUGGUUAAAUUCCUAUAUGUAAGCUGGUAUCUCAGUACCCACUAAUGGGAAUGGAUUGAAACUUCACACACUUGUCCACUGUCAUGAGCUGAUAAGCACUUUGCAGGUUCCAUAACCCUAUUUUGCUUUUUUACUAAAUUAUGUCCCUUUUUCGACUUCCGUAUUCAUUCAAUCGACAAGGCUGUUGAAUAGUCGAGCGUUGCUGUCCUCCGACAGCUCUUGUUCUCCAGUGUUGUUACUACAAACGUUUUGUUACUUUUAUACUUUACAGUUGACUUUUAUAAGCUUUUAUUUAGAAAUAAGCUGUAGUGAGUUUAUAAAAGUCAUUUAAAGUUGUUUACUGAAAAACUCUUAUGAUAGGAAUAACUGGGAAAUUUGUCUGGACUCAAUCCUCCCUUAGGUCUUGACCAUACAGUAGUUUUGCCUACCAGAAAUAAGUAUUAGCAUACCUACUACAAAUACAGGAAAAUAUAGGAUUUUAUGCCAUUUUGUGUGAUGCUUUUGUUUGCUGAUGUAUGUGUUACAGUAUCAUGUGUCUGGUUACACAUAUUUUGAAUGUAUGUUGUGUAUGGGAUUCUGUUUUAUGAACAAACCAUGCAUUCCAUUCUGUGAAAUCAAUGAAUUUUGUGGGCAUGAAAUUUAUUGGUUUUGGCAAAAACAGCUAUUUCUCUUGGUUUAUAUUUGUAGAUUUCAAACUUUACUAAUGAAAUGAAUAGAAACUUUCUUUGUUCAUUCAGAUUAUUUAAUUGUAUGGAUUGACAUUACAAAAUGCACAAAUCUGCCACAAAUAGUAAUGAUUUUGCAGUAGUCAUGUGAAUGCAGUCACAAUAUCUUCUUGUUGAUUUAUCUAAUUUUUGACAUAGUUGUAAAUAAAUUUUGUGUCAGUGAAAUCUAGAUCUGCCUUAUAUAUGAUUCUAAAUACUUUUUGUCUUUCUUACAUAUAUUCAGAAUGUAAUAUUAUUAGAUUUAUAAUGUAAUCAUCUUGAAGAUUUUAUAUUUGAUUCUUAGAAUGUUUUGACACAUACAGAAAUUAAACAGUCUCAUGUAUACUCAGAAUAACUGUAAACUGAAAACUUUCAAUUGUAACCAUAUAAGUAAUGAAUAUACCAGGGUUGACAUUCAUAAGAAAAAAAUGGGAUUACAAAAUUAAUGACCACAUGACCUCACAUGCACACAUCUCCGGUUUUAAGUCAAAUUUUUUAAAAUU